AUGUUAGGAGAGCGACUCCCAGGCAACAAGGCCUUUGUGCUGGGGGUGAGUACAGGUGGCGAGCCUGAGCCUCUGCGAGCUGCUCACGUGCCCGAACCGACUCCGAGGAGCGCGGCAGCUUAUCCAGCGCUCGCCCGGGUGCCUGCACCGCAAGCCCUGCGCGCAGCCAGCCCCUGGACCGAGUCCUGCCGACUCCCCUGGGCGGCGUCGCGGGGAACAGCUACGGACCACGCGCCCGCUCAGUCUUUCACGCAGCCAAAGCCUGACUUACCCAGGCUGCUGCUGAUUUUAGAAGUGGCUAGAGCGGGAGGCAGAGAAUCUCGGAGCCCUCCGUACCCAGAUUGGUACCUCCACGCCAGCUCCUGGGCUGAAGUCACCACAGUGACGGUAGCCAAUGUCGGUGCCUCCGCAGACAAUGUUUUCACCACAUCUGUGGCAAAUGCAGCUUCAAUUUCGGGACACGUGCUGUCUGGGAGAACAGCCCUCCAAAUUGGGGACAGCUUGAAUACUGAAAAGGCCACUCUCAUAGUGGUUCACACAGACGGCAGCAUUGUGGAAACCACAGGGCUGAAGGGGCCAUCAGCACCUCUCACACCAGGACCGCAGUCUCCUCCUACCCCUUUAGCACCCGUUCAAGAAAAAACUGGAACCAAGUACAACUGGGACCCGUCCGUGUAUGAGAACGAGCUCCCGGUGAGGUGCCGGAACAUCAGUGGCAUUCUGUAUAAAAACAGACUGGGCUCAGGAGGCCGUGGUAGGUGCAUUAAGCAAGGGGACAACUGGUACAGCCCCACUGAAUUUGAAGCUAUGGCGGGACGAGCCAGCAGCAAAGACUGGAAGAGGAGCAUCCGCUACGCUGGGAGGGCGCUGCAGUGCACGUAAGGUUAAGUUUGCUCCGAUGGGAUUUUAAAUCCUCAUGCUGCCUCUUGUACUUGUGCUGCUUGCUGCGACGACAUGACUCUGAGUGGCCCUGUACGACUCUUUGUACCAUAUAAAAGACGGAAAAAAGAAAAUGAAAUGCCUGCAACUCCAGUGAAGAAGGAUUGCCCCAAAAACAUCACUCUGCUUCCUGCCACAGCUGCUACUACAUUCACCGUGACUCCUUCUGGACAGAUCACUACCUCCGGUGCUCUGACAUUUGACCGUGCAUCGACAGUGGAAGCCACAGCAAUUAUCUCGGAAAGUCCGUCCCAGGGUGAUGUUUUCACGGGAGCCACCGUUCAAGACACCAACGUCCAGCAGCCUUGCCGGGUCAAUCACCCAGAACCCCACUACCCGAGUUACCAGGACAACUGUCAGAUUUCUCCUUUUCCUGAAGCUGCACUGCCCACAUCUCAUCCCAAACUUGUGUUAACCUCGCUCCCUGCCCUGGCGGUGCCCCCCGCGACCCCCACCAAAGCCAUUUCCCCUUCGGUGGUGAACGGGCUGGAAGUGACGGAGCAGCGGAGCUGGCUGUACUUGGAAGAGAUGGUCAACUCGCUGCUCAACACCGCCCAGCAGCUGAAGACUCUCAUUGAACAGGCCAAGCAGGCCAGCUCCUCCUUCCGCGAGGCUGCUGUCACGCAAGCCAAAAUUCAAGCUGAUGUGGAGAGGAAAGAGCAGUCCUGUGUCAACUGUGGUCGAGAGGCGACGAACGAGUGCACGGGAUGCCACAAAGUCAACUACUGCUCCACUUUCUGCCAGCGCAAGGACUGGAAGGACCACCAGCACAUCUGCGGCCAGUCGGCCACGGUGACGGUGCAAGCCGACGAGGUGCACGUCACGGACAGCGUGAUGGAGAAGGUCACCGUCUGA